AUGUCUGCGAUCAAGUUCCUCAUCACCGGCGCAACAUCCGGUCUCGGCGGCUCAGUGCUGGCAACGCUGUACGAGCACGUCUCUGCAGGCAGCAAGGCGUGCAUUGCAGCCGCGUCUUCCCGCGCCGAUGCAGCCGACAGCCUGCAGAACGACUACCCCGGCAUUCAGUUUCGGCAUCUAGAUUUCGGGAACCGGGAGCAGAUGGUGAAGUCGUUGCAUGGGGUCGAGCGGCUUUUCUUCGUCUCCAGCCCAGAGAUUGAGAGUGUGAAGCGAGAGAAGCAACAUGCGAAUGUCGUGAAGGCUGCGAGGGAGGCCGGGGUGCAUUAUGUCUACUACGCCAGUCUAGCAUUUGGUGGAUACGGAUCGCAUAGCAAUGUUGGCGUACAGCAGGCGCACUUGGUGACGGAGCGUUUGCUCCAGCAGGAAGAGCUGGGCGAGGCCACGGCAAACCUGAUGCUGCGCGAUCCGGGAACACUGUCGUUCCACAACAACAUCGCACUGCUGACGGCGUCACGCACCUACACGCUCGCCGACGUGGUGGCCGCGAUCUCCCAAGCCACCGGCACCGAUAUCCCCGUUGAACAGGUGUCGCGGGACGACUUCCCGCGCAUCCUGGCGGCAGAGGACGCCAAGGAUGGCAGAGGGAAAAAGUCCGAGCAGUUCUUCACGUCCUGGAGGAGCUUGAUCGAGGCGAUGGAGCAGGGAGAGGCCCGGACGGUGGAUCCGCUGAUGCAAGAGCUCUUGGGCCGGGAGCCCAGAGAUGCCAUGCAGCAUGUUGCACGGUUGGUGCAGGACGGGGCGAGGGAGGGAGGAUACACCUGGCAUCAGAAUUAUGCGAAGCGGUGA